UUUAUUUCUGACGUCUGAAUGAUCUUGUUGAUAUUUAAAAUCUUUUUCGAAUUUUUUUCCCAGGUGAUCAAUCGAUUACAAGCGAUGGAAAGUCGAAAUGAUCCACUUCCUGUUAGCUCUGUGGGAUUUCGAGGAAGAGGACCUAAACGGUAAUUCAGUAUUCAGUAGUUGAGAAAUAAUUUCAGAAAUUUGAAAAUCUCGUACCGAAAACGGUUUUGGUGUUUUGAAGCGUGACGCAGUGACGGACACUGUGCGAAAUAUUGGACGAGGUGUGUGUGUGUGUGUGUGUUAGGUUGCCUUAAGUUAAUUUUUUAAUCUUCCUUGCCUGAUUUCAUGCAAUAUGUAGCUUAAUCUAUUGCGUACCAUGCUUAUUGUCACAGCUUUGCUACACAGUUAUUCAGCUAUCAAUGAAAGGUUUUCUGGAAAUUAUUGGUGGUGUUGGGGGGGGGGGUUUAUCCCCCUUCCCUCCGCUGGUGCCCGGCACUGCAUGGCGUGACAGAUUCGUCUAAAGACGUCAUUAAAAUGAGAUGCCUGUAAAUUAGACAAUGCUAUCGGAGGAAUCUGCACUAAGGCCACAUAAAAAAACUAGUUGAUUUGCGUCCUCGCCCGCCCAUAAAAAAGGCCCCGCUCAGGAUUUUUUUUUAUUUUUUAUUUAAAAAAACCCCAACUUUUAUUGAUCAACGGGCUCUAAUAUAUGUAGUGUUUCUGUUGACUGUAGUCAAUUGUGUUAAUAAGUUGCGAAAUUGCGUGCGAAAAUGACGGUAUGAAUCAUAUUUUGAAAUAUAUACAAAAAUACCUGUACUGCGCAAGAAAAUCCAGUUUCGGAUCUAAAACCAAGGCGUUAAAAAUUAGUAAAAGUUAAAAAAAGCGCCCGCCCGCCCACUUUUUGGCAAAAGCUAAGGACACUAACCAACUAUUUUUUUUAUGUGGCCUAAUGCACUUGUCAAUUGAAACCCUGGCGGAUUUUCACAAUUGUCAAGCCUGUUCUAAAAAUGUUGUCCAAUCGUUAAAUUACCCGGCUAGCCGCUUCCUGUCGUUAAAUUACCCGGCUUACCCUGGGUUCAGAGGUUUUCUGGUGUCAGGCGAGUUUUAGGAGGCGACGAGGCCGAGAAAACCUCUGGGUGCGACCUGUCGAAUUUCGUUUCCUUGACGUAAUUUAUUAAUAUUUCACACUUCCGGUCUGAAGGGUGAAGUCAAGUACGCUUCAAACACAUUGAACAAUAAGUGUCAAGAACGUAUUCCUUUGGUUAGUUUUGUCGUGUUUGCCAAUGUUACAUUGCUAUAUUUGGAAGAGGAGAACGUAAUAUUUUCUCUGGGAAGAUUUCGAAUGAAUUGGCGCAUGUGUCUCGAAUGUGUCUCGACACUAUUGAUGACAAUCGGCAGACCCGUCUAUUCUAAGCAGUUUCAAGCGACAAGUAUCAAAAUAUGUACUCGACUGCUGCUUGUAUUUAAUAAGUAAUAACUAAUAAGCAAUUAUUGAAUGAGAUUGAGUAUGAUAUCGAGAAUUAUUAAGGCCGAGGUUUGUGUUAUCCACUGUACUGAAGCCGAAGGCUGAAGACGAUAAGACAAACCGAGGUCUUGAUAAUUCUUGAUAUCAUACGAAAACCGAAUUCAAUAAUUGUUUUAUUAUAUAUUCAAAAGCUAGAAAGAAAGCAAAACCAUUUUGUUUACGCUUGUAAAAAUAUGGAAUUUUCGCGCGCUUUUUAGCAAACAAUGGACCACGCCGGGGCUUGGUACCCACAGCGUGCAAUAAUACUUUUUGGACAAGAACACAUUGUGUAGGCUAUAGAUUGAGAAGACCAAUAUCGCAAAAAUAAUUGACAAUUAUUGAAUGAGGUUGAGCACGAUAUGAAGAAUUAUCAAGCCCGAAGUUUGCCGUUAUCAACCGAAGCCGAAGGCUGAGGUUGAUAACGGCAAACUGAGGGUUUGAUAAUUCUUCAUAUUGUGCGAAAACCGAAUUCAAUAAUUGUUUUAUUAUUUAUUUACAAAAUUCAAAAUAAACGGUCGUCCAUUUGUUCCCCCGCGUUUAUCAGCCAAUCGAGAUGACAAGAAUUAGGAAACUGAGUGUUCUUAUCUAUUCUAGAAGCUUUUGUUGAUCUUUUUGUAUUUAACGAAUCUUUAUCUGCCAGUAAAGAACCUUUCAGUGGAAGAAGCCAUUUGUAUUUUAUUUGUAUUAAGAAAAAACAAUUCCUUAGUCCUUCGGCAGCCGUCGUCUUCGUCAUAUCUUCGUCAUAUCAUAUCGUCAGCGAGUCAAUAUGAUUCUCGUCGUCAUAUAGUAAUAUGGCGCAAACGCGUCCAAAUUUUACAUAAAUAUAUAAUAUAUUUAGCCCAAAUACCUUGCCGCGACUGAAUUUAUGUUUAUAAAUAUCCAUGAAUUCCACAAUACGGGCUACAUAAUUUUAAAACAAACUACAUGCAAACAACUGAACAUACACAGUACAGCGUACAAUACAACACGACAUACACACGACAAAAUUCCACUCAAAUAACAUAUACAGACUAUUGAAAUUAUUAAUUAUUAUUAAUAAUAAUUAUUAAUAAUUACUAAUUGUUAAUAAUUAUUAAUAAUAAUUAAUAAUAAUAAUAAUAAUAAUAAUAAUGGAACUCGAUUUUAUUUAUAAAAAAAAUAUACAUAAAAUAAAUGCCACCAACAUUCACUAUUUUUACAUGGGCAUCUUGGUAGCGUUAUGCUACAAGAAAAUUAUAAAAAGUCUAUUGGUUAAAAAUGUUAUUUAUAUUUACAUUAUCCCCAAAAUAGAGCAAAACAAAUAAUACGUAGUUCUUAUGCAACAUCCGAUCAACUUUUUGACCAAGAUGAUCAACAACAUCCGAUCAACUUUUUGACCAUGCAUGUCUUCAUCCAAAAAACUUGUAGAAAUCUUUACAUUCUUUGCUGAUCAUCUCGAUUGCUCCCAUGGACAGAUUGAAAUAUUUAAUUUUCUAAAACGAUGUUUCAAGGACUUACAGAGAUCUUUGUAACGAGCAGCUUUUCUCUUGCAAGUUUUGGUUAUAUUAGUUUCACAGUCUACAGUUAACUCAAUUAUACAUAUUGUAACUUUGGUGUUUUUUGAGACCAACAUAUCGGGGCGAUCGUCCAGACCAGUGAUCACCGAGGGGUUGUCAAAGCCAUCAAUAUCCGCAUAAAUCAAGGAGUUAUUCUUAAUACUUGAUAAAUAUCCAGCCAAUGUUUUAAGAUUGAGUUAUGGCGCCAAGUAAAACGUCCCUGUUCUAAAUGGACUUGACAGGAGGAAACUACAUGUUUGCAGGGUGUGAGGAUUUAAAUAGGCGCUGCACAAGCUGUUCGUUGUUCUUUUCCAGAACGACGUAUUUUUCAGGGUCGGUAGAGUGUUGUUGAGGUAUCUCGUUGUAAAAUUAUAGAUGUUUUUCGGCAAGCUGUUUAUAUUAGACGAUUGCCAAUGUUUGACAUUUUCUGCAAAUGCUUCCUCCCACAUUGCUUUAAUAACGAGACUUUGAGAUGUCAAAUUAUUUACGAUAUUGCCGAUUUUAUCUUCCCGUAUUUCUUUGAGGACGUCCUUGGCACUCGGGUAUUGAUCGUACUGAGUGUCAGUGUGCUUGCUUGUGUCGUUGUAUACAGAUAUUAAUAAUGCUAAUAAUAAUUAUUAAUAAUAAUAAUUAUUAAUAAUUAUAUAUUAUACACUUAAUGUCUGCUCCCGAGGGAAAUAGUUUGUUUUGUUUUCCCGAGAGUCUCAAUGUUUCCCAAGACGAAGUCGAGGGAAACAUUGAGAUUCGAGGGAAAACAAAACUAACGAUUUCCCGAGGGAACAGACACUAAGAGUUUUGUUAUAUAGCGACGAACGAAAAUCAAUAUUCAACAACAUUCAUACAACAAUUGUAUUUCGUGACAAAAACUCUAUAGUGUAACGAGUUUAAAAUCAAAAGAACCUACUUAAACGGUUUCAGCACCAUAUCCUGUUGCCUGUUGUGUAUUUUUUUCUCUUUUACAUUGUUUAUUUGAACACAAGCUUGGAAAAUCGUAGUUUCUAAUUAUGCUAGUUGUGCCGUCCGUAAUAGUUGUAAACAAAACAGCAUUUAUACAAGAACAAAAAAUUACUCUCGAAAUUUCCAUGCAUGUACAAAAUCCCACUAUCUGUUGCCCUGUAGCACUUACUGAAACCUUAAACGUGUGUUUUACUUGUCCUAGGGAUGAACAGUAUCGCCAACUGUGGGCAGAAAUGGAAACAUUUCUUCAGACUACGAGCUCAACAUCUAAAAUGCAUGCGAGGGUUUACAAUUAUCUUCGUGGUGAUCUCGAAAAUGAUGAAGAAAAUUCCAAUGAUUCUAUGUCUAUUCAGAACGAAAGUAAGUAUUAUAUGUACUUACAGACUAACAAUAUUUUAAGUGGAUUUAAAAUUUACUGUGCAUGUACGCACGAAUAUGAAAAACGCUUAUAUAACUGGAAAGAGUGGUCUUAAUGCGCUAUACAGGACAGAUAAUGUAUUGAAUUCAUUACAAGGAAUAAAAAUCGCUGAUCGCCCGUUCCAUAUCAAGUUCAGUAUCUGAUUCAAGCUCAUUAGUUUCAAGGUUUUUGUGAUAGAAAAAGCGUUAAAAUUCAAAAUCUUCUAACCAAAAUGUUUUGAAGCAUUUAGACUUUAGCCUAUAGUUCAAACGCCGAACUUUUCAUGCAAACAAGAAGUUUUAAAUGGUUACAUAUUAGGUUCAGCACAUGAUAUGCGCGACGUUUUUAUGUAUAUAUUAUACUGUCUAGUCUAUGAUCGUACGCGUUAUCCUCUUCAUAAAUUGGUUUGUCGGGAAAACACGUUAUUUAUAAUUGCAAUAAGUAAAUAACAAAUAAGAAAAUAUUAUAACAUGCAGGCUUGUUUUUUGGCAAAUCAUUCAACCUUUACAUUUAAUUUUAAUUAGAUGAUGAAGUUUCGAGAAUUAGUCAAGCGUGGAAAGAAUUAGAUAGGUAAUAUUUGUAUUAUUUUAAUUUAUAGCAAGUGAGUCCUUUAAUACAGCAACUUACUCCGUUAUUCUGUUGUGGUCACUAACCAAUGUAUACUAUAGUUACAUUUAUUUCAAUGAUCUUAAUGAAUAAUGAAGUGAAUAAUAUAUAUACGUGCAGUAUUUAUAUAUAAUGAUGCGUUUUAGUCCUUAGAGCAAAUUUUGGACUGUACAAUAGACAACUUGCAUGUUAGACUAAUUUUUGAUUUAGGCAAAAAAGUAAAUUCCCGUAAUGAGCUUAUUAAAAUCAGCAAAAUUGCAAAAUUUGGUUACGAAAUGUUGUAAGAUACAGAAAAUAUAGCCUUGCGAAUUAGUUUGCAUAUUUUCAGUAUAUUUGUAUUAGGCCUACGUGCGGAAAUUGUUACCAUUUUUGAGCCUUUUACUAAUUUCAUUAUGUUCUUUUUAACUGUUGUGUUUGAUUCCCUUCUCUUUACUUAGAUUAAAAUUUAGUCUAACAUGCAAGUUGUCCAUUGACAGGACAAACCAAUUUGGGCUCAUAUAUAUUUUGCAAAGAUUUCAACCUAUACCUUAAAACGUAUAGGUUCAUAUAUCAUCAACGGACAGUGGAUGGCAGUGUAGGUUGCAAAUAAUACAAACUGCGAACUUUGUAGAUUAUAAAAAAUCUUAACUUCUUUUUAACCACUACUUUGUAGUUAAAUUAUAAGAAGUAGUAGUAUAGUGUAGUCAAAUACACUAUUUUGACUGGUUAUAACUUUCGCAUUAAAGAGUCAUUGUCAACCACAAUGCAUUUGUUUACAUCUUACCUUCGGAAGUUACAAAUAGCAACAAAUGAUGAUUAUAAAUACAUUUCUUUGGUGCAAUUUUAGUAUAAAAAAGUUAAAAUGAGCAAGUAUAACCAUAGGAUGGUAGUAAUAUAUUAUGGAUUAAAAUCCGAAACAUCUAUUAUUACGCCAUUAAAAUGGCCGCCAAGCAGGUUUGGGCGCACAAUGCAUUGUGGUUGACAAUGACUCUUUAAACUGUAGUAAACUGCAGUUAACUUUAACCACCUUUUUAUACAAACGUCGAAAUUCUUUUUGUGUUUUGUAAAAAUUUUAAUAAGUUAUUAAAUUAAUAACAAUUAACAACCUGACCACUACUGAACGUGAAAAAAUUAGUAUAUAUCAAUGGUAUUUUAACUUGGCGUGGCAUCAUGUCCGAAUGGCCAGAAUCAAAAAAUGUUACUCACGCACUAAUUAUAGUUUUCAUAAUUUAUUUAGUUCCCGACUGCAUGAGUAAGCCAUUUUCCGUGCAUUAGACGUGCAUAUAUUUUGCUUUUAAUUUGCAAUCAUCUUGCUCUUAAAUUGUUUGUGUUGCUAGUGCAUAUUAUAAGUUGUAAUUAGUUGUAUUUGUUGAUCAAAGAUACAUGAUGACUAUCACUGUGUAAUUCGUUUUUUUAGUUAUCGCAGCAUGACAGAACGAGAGAGAACUGAUUUUUUAAUUGGAGAUAAAAACAAUGAUCAUUUUUAUAAAAGAAGCCAGACAACACCACCUAUAGACAGUACACCUGCAAAGAAACCCACUGGAUCGUUUCCUCAGUUGUCUUACAAAACAGGUAAGAAAAAUAAGUGAGUAUAUUCCAAUGAGAAAGUCAAGGUGAAACAUAUGCAAUUUUAUCACUAUAUAUACCUUACAUAGUGAAAUUUGAUGAUGAUCGUUGGGCAGAAUUCACUCGAAAACCAAACAUUUUUCAUUAUUCUGGACAAUAAACACACCUACUUCACAUUUCAAGUAAUACUUAAUUAAUAUUACGUUCCUGAUCGAGAUUAUUUGCCAUAAAAACACCCAUUUGUGCAGAAACUGCAUGAUUUUCGGCCAUGCUGCAGCAACGGCUUCUUAUAACUGUUUAAAAUUCCCUGAUUGCGACAAGUUAACUGUGAUCUUGUAUCGAUGCUUUAUCGUCAACGUUUGACUCUGCUAUAUAUAUGCUUUCCUUUUUGCUCCACUGCAGUCCGAAAGACAGUUCAGUGAGUUUUCGUUGCUUUCAAGUUUCAACAAACCUGGCUGGCUAAAUCAAUGCGCCCGCGAUAUGCAAGGGCAGCUAGGACAAUUUUCUCACCUGUUGGCCUUGCUGUUCCUGAGAUCAUUGAUCCAAACCAAUUUGGUGCCAUCCCAAAAUUAUCUAUACUAGUCGGGCUCUUAUUUCCAUGAUACAUAUACAUGGGCUUCUGCCACUGAUGGGACAGACAGAGCAUUGAGUAUCGUGUUAGUGAGGAUUAUAUGAAACAAAACAUUGACAAGAUCCUUUCCCAUCUUAUAUCACGUGGUGCAGCUCGCUGUCAGUCGCUGGCUAUGCGACUAUACCGUUGCAAUGUGUCAAACGUUCCAAAGAUUUCUUCUGUAAUUGGGGCCCGGCAUAAUCCGGCGUUCCCCAGCGAUUCCUUCUUGUGGUAACCAUUUUAGCUGCGAUUGUCCCGUGGGAUGGAUUACCACUUAUACAGUUUGAAAGGUUCGCAGUUAACAUCGAUCAAGAAUGAGCGCGAUCUUCGUGUCCAGAUAUUCUCCGAUUCAACAUAGGACAGCAGGGUGCGAUAAUUCGCGUACUUACGUACCGGAAGAUAAUUCGCGUACUUACGUACGGUCUGGUACGUCUUUGUUUUCAGCCACGUACCAUACGUAGGUACGCGGAACUCUCGCUUUUUGCGUACUUACAUUUUGCUGGCACCAUAUGACUUUACCAAACCCAAUGUAUUCAAACCGUAGUUAAGCCGGUAUACGGACACGUCUGACAUGUCUUCGUAUGAACAAUUAUUGGACUGUUGGGACUAAGCCUGAGAAAUGAGUCGAUUCUAGUGUUUGUGUAUGCAGUUGUCGUCCUUGUUCUGACCUUUCAGAAACCUGUACUUUAUGUACUCCAUUUUAAAGACUAAGUAAGUACACCUUGACUCCUUGAGUGUUACGUGUGUACCAUCUCAAGUACGCGGCAGUAAUCAUUUGAGUACCUGUUAGGCACGACUAAAAAUCUUGAAGUGUCCCCUGAGACAAGCAUGGUAAUCAACAGCGUGCAGGAUCAAAUCAUAGUUAAUAGAAUAGAUGGUUUGGAAACUCAUUUGAUAACAAUAUAACUCAUUAUCUAUGUUAGUCAACGUCUAUAUAGAGGAUAUUAGACGGUUGCGAAGAGAUAUGGAUUUUAUGUUCGAGUGGCAAAAACAAUAUCUCACUCGUUCGCUACGCUCACUCGUGAGAUAUUGUUUUUGACACGAGAACGUAAAUCCAUAUCUUCUCGCAACCGUUUAAUGUUCUGUUUAUUAUAUGGACUUACUCAGAGUGACAACUGAAUACACACUAAGACGACAUGUAAAGAAGCACGCGAAAGACCAGUAUAAAAGCGAUAUUUUUUAAAAUUAUAGUGCAAACAUAAAACUAGAAUAAAUUUUACUUAUCUCAAGAUGUCUUUUAAAUGUUUUCGUUUUAUUUCCAACGUUAAUUUCGUUUUAAAUACGAACCAAAGACCAUUUGUAUUUUCAAAACAACAACAACAAUGAAAAUGGCGGGAAAUCUUCGAACUUCGUAUGUCACUCCCAAGGGUGAAAUACGGAAAAUACGCGCACCUGGUCCCGGAUGUAGUGACGUAUGAGUUCUACGAGCAUUUUAGUUUCCAGUAAAACACCGUUGUCCAUAUAAUAAUAUACACUUAAUGUCUGCACCCGAGGGAAAUAGUUAGUUUUGUUUUCCCGAGAAUCUCAAUGUUUCCCGAGACGAAGUCGAGGGAAACAUUGAGAUUCGAGGGAAAACAAAACUAACUAUUUUCCGAGGGAAAAGACGUUAAGUGUUUUGUUAUAUAGCGACGAAACAAAUAUCAACAUUGAACAACAUUCAUACAACAAUAUUUGUAUUUCAUGACAAAAACUCUAUAGCGUAAACGAGUUUAAAAUUUAAAAAAACCUACUUAAAUGGUUUCAGCAGCAUAUCCUGUUGCCUGUUAUGUAUUUUUCUUCUCUUUUACAUUCUUUAUUUUAACACAAAGCCACGAAAACAGUAGUUUAAAUAGUAUAAAUUUGUGCCGCCAUUUUGUUUAUUUAUGUACGUAGCCGGUCGGGGCGGGCAACGAUUUUUCACUUAUUGCCCGGGCAGGAUACGUUGCAUUUAUCUAAAGCCACGUGACUACAAAUCAGCCAAUCACGUUUGGUGUUCACACUAGCUAUAUAACAAUCAUAAAUAUGUUCCUUCACCGUCACGUGUGUAUUGUAUUUUUGCCAAAUCCACCAAUAGCAAUUUUCAAUUUACCCUAUUGUUCAAGUCACGGGUAUAGGUAACUUUCCUAAAACGUCCCUAUUGGUUAGUUGGGCAAAAAUACAAUACACACGUGACGGUGAAGGACCAUAUUUAUGAAUAAACGUUGACUAACAUAGAUAAUGAGUUAUAUUGUUAUUCUAUAUAAUGAGUUUCCAAACCAUCUAUUCUAUUAACUAUGAUCAAACGAAUAGCUAAGUUACACCAGAAGAAACACACGAACAAAUCGCAGUGUUUUAACAAGGACAACCAUUUAUUUAGCUAUAUGGUGCGAUUACAUCUAGGUUACGCAACAGAAGUCUGGACACCUCAAUCUAUCGAACGUAUAUAUGAUAAAACUCGAAAGACCUCAAAGACGUUCAAAAAUACAUCCUUAACCUUCCUUUUAUUAGUUUCUGUUAGUUAUAUAUCUAGAUUACAAACUCUCCAUCUACUGCCAAUCUGUUACUGGCAUGAAUACCUUGACAUGGUGCUUUUCUUUAAAGCAAUUCAUGCCCUUACUAGCUCGUCUUUGGUUUGCAUACGACGAAAAUCAGUUGUACAAGAUAUUUACUAACACGUUCGCAGUAAAUUAUCACGUUUUCCAGUGUAAAACAACAACCUACUAAAGAUCGUUGUGGAUCAAAGCUAUUAGAAGGUGCCACGUGGAAUACUUUGACGGACACAUUAGGCGUAGUGUAUCAGUCAAUUCCAGCGGUUUCCCAUCCCCAUGUCCCCACCCCAGGGAAAGAAUAACUGUGCUAAAGCCCCACCCCUGGGCAAACAAAUUGGGUCUAUAUCCCCACCCCCGGGCAAUAAUAUUAACUGUUUAGUACACGUUGAUUUGCACAUUAUAAUUCAAUAUAAAUGCAAAGUACAAAAAAGAAGUUCUACAACAAGGAUAAAAAUGCUUUUAUAUUAAUGCAACACUGUAUAAAUUCUCAACCCUAACUUCAGCGCAUCUACUGUAUUUCAACAAUAAAUCUGCACAUACUAUGUCAAGUACUGUAGGUGUGGAAAGUUAUGACGCUGGACACGUUUUAUCUAGACGCUUGCGAAUGACAUCGUUUGCGUACAUCAACACGUUUCGAAGGUUAGGUAAUGAACCAAAAAACGGAAUAAAAUAAUAUAUAAGCAUCACAUUAUUACUAGGACUUGAACAAUCGUACUUUAAAAGAUAAAGAUUAAAGGAAUAAUUCAGUGUGGCUAUUGACCACAAGACAAAAGCUCUGUUGUACUAUUUGUCGAGGUUUCAAAGCUUUCCAUUCGGGAAGUAGUGAGAGAAUGUAAUAUUUCUCGGGCAACUGUGUGGAGGAUUAGCAAAGUGGAUAUGAGCAGUAACGGAUGUAAGAAAACGCGCAGAGAGACUAGAGGUAGACCCAGAAAACUAAAUAAACGCCAGGAACGAAAACUACGACGAUCGAUCCAGGUCCUAAGAGAGCAGGAGGGUAAUUUCACGAUCAAGAGACUGAUGGAGAACGCGUGCAUUUGUGGAAAAGACAUUUCAGAGAGUACAAUUUCACGUUUCCUAAAUAAAGAGGGCUAUUAUUAUCUACAAGCUCGGAAGAAAGGUCUGUUAACGAAGGCUGAUAUGAAAAAGAGAAUAAUUUUUGCACGGAGAAUGCAAAAUGAAUAUUGUCACGACGUGUGGACUCAAGAUAUUGCGUUUUACCCCGACGGAACGGGAUUUGCGUAUAAGAGAGAUCUCUUGGAUCAAGCCUUGGCACCCAAAGGCAGAGCAGGGACUGAGUAUGGCGAAAGAGAAGCGAAGGACUAACGCCAGGAUGUACUGCGAAAGGACAAAAAACAGGAACUGGUGGUCGAAUAGCUGAUGGUAGCUAUAAGUUAUGACAAGGGCGUGGUCAUAUGCAAAACUUAUGAUAAGUUAGAUGGCCGUUAUUUUGCCAAUUUUAUUGACGUGAACUUUGAAAGCAUGUUUGGCACUGCAGAUAAAAGCCUAAAGCGAUUAUGAUUACAAGACGGAGAUCCAAGUCAAAACUCAGCAAUGGCUCGCGCAGCUAUGGACCGUACAAACUGUGAACUUCUAAAAAUACCCCCGAGAAGUCCUGACUUAAACCCUAUUGAGAAUAUUUUUAAACUAGUUUCAGACGCAUUGCGUAAGCAAGCGAUAAGGUCGCAAAUCACGAAGGAAACAUGCGAGGAAUUUAAAAAUAGAGUUGUCUUUACAAUUCAAUCAUUACCCCUAGAAGUAAUAAAUAACACAAUUGCCUCAAUGCCAAAUCGCGUGAAAGAAAUCAUUAAAAGGAAAGGACAGCGUUUAAGGUAUUAGAACUAUCAAACUGCCAAGUACCUUCACGUUGUAUAUAAUUAUAUCGCCAAUGUAUAUCUUGACAAUAAAACACGUACAAUAUAAUAUGAACGGAUUGUUAAUUAAAAAAUAAUAUUCGUCUAUAUUGAUAUGGCUGCGCGUAUUUGGUGAACAAACCAAAGCGGUAUAAACACGCCGAUUAACUACCAAAAUUAUAUAUAUACUUAAUAACUAUUUGUGAAAUAUUAACAUGCAAUGCAUUAUGUAUACCAUCUCUGUGACUGUGUCAGGUAUAAAGCAUAAUUGGGCUAUUCCAUUUAAUAUCCGUACCCCCCCUGUCGAGGAUACCUGGAAUUCUUCAGGGGUAGAGUGUUUUAAGCUUGGAAUUCUUCAGGGAUAAAGGAUUUUGAGCUUGGAAUUCUUCAGGGGUAAAGGAUUUUGAGCUUGGAAUUCUUCAGGGGUAAAGGAUUUUGAGCUUGGAAUUCUUCAGGGGUAAAGGAUUUUGAGCUUGGAAUUCUUCAGGGGUACAGUGUUUUGAGUUUGGAAUUCUUCAGGGGUACAGUGUUUUGAGUUUGGAAUUCUUAAGGGGUAAAGGAUUUUGAGCUUGGAAUUCUUCAGGGGUAAAGGAUUUUGAGCUUGGAAUUCUUCAGGGGUAAAGGAUUUUGAGCUUGGAAUUCUUCAGGGGUAAAGGAUUUUGAGCUUGGAAUUCUUCAGGGGUAAAGGAUUUUGAGCUUGGAAUUCUUAAGGGGUAAAGGAUUUUGAGCUUGGAAUUCUUCAGGGGUAAAGGAUUUUGAGUUUGGAAUUCUUCAGGGGUACAGUGUUUUGAGCUUGGAAUUCUUAAGGGGUAAAGGAUUUUGAGUUUGGAAUUCUUCAGGGGUAAAGUGUUUUGAGUUUGGAAUUCUUCAGGGGUAAAGUGUUUUGAGUUUGGAAUUCUUCAGGGGUAAAGGUUUUGAGGUUGGAAUUCUUCAGGGGUAAAGGAUUUUGAGCUUGGAAUUCUUCAGGGGUAAAGGAUUUUGAGUUUGGAAUUCUUCAGGGGUACAGUGUUUUGAGUUUGGAAUUCUUAAGGGGUAAAGGAUUUUGAGUUUGGAAUUCUUCAGGGGUACAGUGUUUUGAGCUUGGAAUUCUUCAGGGGUAAAGGACUUUGAGUUUGGAAUUCUUCAGGGGUACAGUGUUUUGAGUUUGGAAUUCUUAAGGGGUAAAGGAUUUUGAGCUUGGAAUUCUUCAGGGGUAAAGUGUUUUGAGUUUGGAAUUCUUCAGGGGUAAAGGAUUCGAGCUUGGAAUUCUUCAGGGGUAAAGAGAUUUGAGAUCGAAAUUUUUCAGAGUUUGGAAUUCUUCAGGGGUAAAGUGUUUUGAGUUUGGAAUUCUUCAGGGGUAGAGUGUUUUGAGCUUGGAAUUCUUCAGGGGUAAAUGAUUUUGAGCUUGGAAUUCUUCAGGGGUAUAACUAUGAAAAACAUGUAUCCUCGACAGGGGGGGUACGGAUAUUAAAUGGAAUAGCCCAUUGUUCAAACAGCCCAUGCACCCACCCAGAAAUGCACGAUUCUGAAUAAUUAACGCAUCACCAUAACGGGUCACUGUUUAAAACAAGUGCCAAAACAACACAAGAGAGUACGCUGGCCACACAUUAAAUACACAAGAUCUGAGGUUUGUAGCGUGGUACCAUGGUAAAGUUAGCAUUUCCAUUUUUUUUAAGAAACUAACAUUAUACGAGCUGAUUGUGUAACGGUGACCCGUUCAAACCAAAAGAAAAUAUUACAUAAUAUGUAUUCUCUCAUAUCUUCGGAUCACAGUGGUUAUCCGUCGUUUAUUCUGCGUAUACAACACUUCAAAUCGUUUCCAAAUUCCAGCAUUUGUCGAAUAACUUAUAAUGUUUAAGUGAAUUAGUCAACAAACCUUGUAGAAAAGAAACAAAGUAUGUAAUUUUGAGAUUUUUAAAUGGUGACCCGUCACGUGCACAUAUGAACACUGAUUAGUAUGCUCAUUGCAUGCAUUUGUAAUGUAUGCUAAUUGCAUGCAUUUUUGUUAAAACAUAUGUCCGAUAAACAUAGACAGUUCAAAUAUUCAAUGAAGAAUAAACUCUGCAAAGCAACGCGGACAUGACAGGAUAUUCACCUGUUCAUCUUGCGGGAUUUGCGAGAAGAACUGAAAACAACGCCAUCUGACUCUCAUCAUCUCCGUUUCAUGUACAUAUAGUUAUUGACAAGUUAUUUUGUUACAUAUAUUAUAACGUUUAUCCAGAAAUAAACAAAAAAUACAUGGGUGUUAUUGUUCAAACAUGUGUGCUAAUAUUUUUGAAUGAUUCUCAGUAAAUUUUACUUCCUUUAUUAGUAGGCCCUAAUAAUCUGCACUCGCAUCAAUACACAAUCAGAGCUGCGCCAAGUGUGCAUUCCAAACGUUCCUAUUUUAGACAAUCUUAUGCAAAAUAAACGAGAAACUCCAUGCUCCCGCACCCUUGUCAAUGUUGGUUAGUGAUUAUUUAAUAGCACCGUUUCAGGCCUUCCUUGUCAAUUUCGACUUCAAAUCGCAACAUUGCAUGGGGGAAAGGGGGAUAAGCCUUACAAAAUCAUGAUGGCACGUUUUAUUUUGCAAGAGAUUGUAGCUAGACCUAUGAUAAUAUUAAUGUCAACCUUUGAAAAUAUUGUCUUUACUUAUAGGUCCGGACGCGAUUCGACAACGCGACACGAUUUUUCGAUUUUUACUGACCGAUAUAAACUUUGAUCCUAGUUUAAACUUUCUAAAUAUUUAGAAGCGUUAUAACAUUUUGAGUUAUUUGGUCUACAUAUCUUUCAAAAUUUGCUCUCAUGCAUUGGCAGUUUCAUUAACUUUCUAAAACUAAAAAAUCGCGUCGCAUUGUCGAAUCGCGUCCGGUGUCUGGCGCACUCAUAGAUAAUUUUUUAUAGUGAUCAUUGUCCAUUGUUGGAGAAAAACUAUUUCAUGUAGAAAAGGAUUUUACUCAUCAACGAUCAAAGACAAUGGAACUGAAAGACCAUCCCAAAGCAUGAGUAUCAAGCCAUUUGCAAACGAAUUCAGUAUCUUUUCCAGCGAAAUCUGCCAUGUCUGCCAAACGUCUAAGUCCCCACCCCCGGGCUGAAAAAUUUCGGCAAUAGCCCCACCCCCGGGAUUAGGGAAGCUGCGAAGGCCCGGGGGGAUGGGCACAGCUGGAAUUGACUGAUACAUAAGGGGCUGAUUACAUGGAGAGUUUUCAGCCCUGGCUGAAUUUCAUCUCGGUUUCCCGGGCUGAAAUUUCAGCCUGGCCUAAGCCUAAGGAUAAAAUCCUAUUAAAACACAGAAUUUCAGCCCGGGAUGAGUUUCAGCCCGGGCAGCGUACCUUAUGGAAAAUAAUUAAAUAAAUAACAGUAAUAUAGCAUUGCAGAUUUUCUAGAGUUGCUAUGUUUUAGGUGGAUCUAAAGCGUCGUUACUUAGCAUGUGGUGCAGUAGAAUGGAUGCUAUUGCCGCGUCAAGACAUGAAGAAUUUGAAGGACGUUCAUCAGCAUCAGGAAGUCAAGCUGAACUUUAUACUGAACUUAACACAACAGAAACGAACAGGUGCGUGAAAGACGUUAAGAUUUAGUCGAUUCAUGGUAGGAAAACUAGGAGCCUUUAAAACGCGUGUACUGCUGAAUGAUUACAUCGGUAGAUUUUAUUUCGGGAGACUGAUUUCCCAUUCUCGGAAGCCUUGGAGUAGUUUAUACAUGCAAUAUCUCAAUGGAUAAAGUAUCGAGUUCCGAGGGCAGUUUUUAUUACUGUAUACAUAAGGCCCAAUGAAAAACAAUCCUCAUUGCAAUGCUGUUGGCUAGCGUGUCAAGAUUUUUAAAUCAUCAAUAAUAAUAAUAAUAAUAAUAAUAAUAAUAAAAAUAAUAACUGCGAGUCCUCUGACAAAAGGGCUUUGCUGAGAAAACGUCAGAUUACUGUUGUCUUAUUUCAGUAGUGUUCUGCUUGCUCUUUUAGUUCCAGAAGUACUCCCGUUGGCUCUGAAUGGAAUAUGACGUGAUGUGCUAUUAAAACGACAUUAUGAACCGCACUUACUUGCGUUGUGACAAAUAAUUGAUACAGUCGAUAGUAUACGUAUUAAUAGAGAGGUUUACAUUUGACUACGAGUACGACUUCGAGAUUCGUUAUUUGCAUGCAUUCUCACCCUCUUCUUGCGCCAGUAUGUAUGUACGCACGCCAUUAUCUCGUAGUAUAUAAAUUAUGUGCUUGUUUUACUGCGAAUCUUUAAAAACAGUUGUCAAUUUGGAAAUGGAUUUAUAAGGCAUCGGCACACGAUAGCAUAUAAGAAGAUGGCUUAAGAAUAUAUAGGGUGUAUCCAGGUGAACGAAUGUCGUAGGUCCCGUGUACACUAUAACGGAUUACUUUUCAUACCGGAUUAAUUUCCACUCCGAAGUAAAAAAACAAGGCUGUUUCCGUGUUUACACUAUAUAUGCAUGCCGCUUCGCUUUGUUGCCAGCUCAUGUCUCACUAUCGCCAUGGAAACAAGUGACUCUUUUUGCCAAUAUACUAAAAUUUAUUAAAAACAAGAAGUAACACACGUUUUCUUUGUAAAGUAUAGUUUUGUUUAAAAAGCUUGAC